UCCCACGUGGAACGCGAAGUCGACAACACGGGUCCGAUGCAAUCGCCACGUGCACCUCCAAUUUCUUACCCUGACCCUGUGCCUCCUCUUCCGCUAAACUUUCUUCGAUUCCAAAAAAACCAAAACCAGAAAUAAAAAACCACCGUCACACUCUCACCUCACACCACUGUAGCCACCACCACCGCCACCAUGUUCCCACUGCAAUUCACCACCCAUUCUCCUCAUCCUCCAUCCUCAUUGCUGAGCAGCAUCAACAGCUCAUCCUUCUGCCCCACGCCUCGCUUCCUCUUCAAUCCCUACAUCAACAACAGUAACAGCAAGCAUUGCUUUCUUCGCUCUAAUGGCGGAAGCCUCAAUCUUAGGGUUUUCGCUAUGUCUGAUAAUUCCAAAUUCAAGAUGAAUCUCAAUGAGUACCUCGUCACUCUUGACAAGCCCCUUGGCCUCCGGUUCGCUCUCACCGCCGAUGGCAAAAUCAUCGUCCAUUCUAUCACCAAAGGGGGUAAUGCUGAGAGAUCAAGGAUAAUUAUGGUGGGUGACACUUUGAAGAAAGCUGGUGAUUCGUCUCAGAACAGUCUUGUUGAGAUUAAAGACGUUGGAGAUACACAGAAGGUGCUACAGGAGCAAACAAAUUCUUUUAGCUUGGUUCUUGAGAGGCCCACAUCUCCUUUUCCCGUCCAACUACUGCAGAAGAUGAAUGAUCUUGAAAUAUUGUUUAAUAGAGGUCGAGUUCCUAUUCUCACAUGGAACAGGACACUAUUGGCAUCAAAUUUACAACCAUCUAGUGAGAGCUGUGGGAAUUCUGGAUUUGUGAUGUUCAGCUCAAAGUUUCUUAAAUCCAAAGGAAGCAAGUUAUUGGGCAAUCAAAACCAACAUGCCAUCACUCAUGGUGAGAGAAAUUUCCUUAGCGAACACACAACACAACUUGCUUGUAUUUUUACUGAAGAAGCAUGUGGAGAUGGAGACUGGGCUCAUGGAAGUUUUCCACUUGAGGAAUAUAUUCAGGCCCUGGAUCGUUCCAAGCAUGAGAUGUACUAUAAUCACUCCCUUGGUAUGCGUUAUAGUAAGAUUACAGAGCAAAUAUUUGUGGGAUCCUGUAUACAAACAGAAGAUGAUGUGGAAACCUUAUCAAAAGUUGAGGGAGUUACUGCUGUGUUGAACUUCCAAAGUGGAGCUGAAGCUGAAAAUUGGGGAAUCAAUGUAAAAUCAAUCAACGACGCUUCUCAAAAGAAUAAUAUUCUCAUGAUCAACUAUCCCAUACGGGAGGGAGAUUCUUAUGAUAUGAGGAAAAAACUGCCAUUUUGCGUGGGGCUUUUACUACGGUUGCUAAGGAAGAAUCUUCGUGUUUUUGUUACUUGCACGUCUGGAUUUGAUCGGUCUCCUGCUUGUGUGAUUGCAUACUUACAUUGGAUGACAGAUGUUUCCCUUCAUGCAGCCUAUACUUGGGUCACUGGGAUGCACACAUGCAGGCCUGACAGGCCCGCAAUUGCAUGGGCGACAUGGGAUCUUAUAGCUAUGGUUGAAAGCGGCACACACGAUGGACCUCCAACACAUGCCGUCACAUUUGUGUGGAAUGGUCAUGAGGGAGAGGAUGUAACUUUGGUUGGAGACUUUACUGGAAAUUGGAAAGAACCACUCAGGGCAAAGCACCAGGGUGGAUCAAGAAAUGAAGUAGAAGUUAAACUUCCACAAGGAAAGUAUUACUACAAGUUCAUUGUUAAUGGACAAUGGAAACAUUCAACUGCUUCACCAGCAGAAAGGGAUGAUAGCGGAAAUGUUAACAAUAUAAUUGUGAUUGGUGAAACCGCCAACGUUCGGCCUUUUGUACAACACCAGCAGAAAGAUGCCAACAUUGUGAAGGUGAUAGAAAGGCCUUUGAAUGAAAAAGAGCGGUUUAUGUUGGCGAAAGCAGCUCGUUGUAUUGCUUUCUCUAUCUGUCCUAUCAGAUUAGCUCCCAAAUAAUUGCAUAGAAGCAUAAAAAUGUACAGAAUUAUUUCAGUUGGCACACGUUACUGAGGCUAUCCCAAUUUGGUCAGAGUUUGUUAUGAAUGCACGUAGUAUGAGUAAUCACACCAUGAGGAGUAUGUAUUGGCAUUCAACUCUUGUAAUAUAUGAGACCAGUCUUGUAUGUUGUACUGCUCAGCUUCCCCUCUUUCCAGCCCUGUGCUUUUUAUCCCCAUUCUGGUAUUCGUAUCAGAUACUCACUGUACCAAUUAUUGCCCUAUGUAAUUUGCUGUUAAGUAUCACAGCUAGAUAUCUUGAUUUUAGUUUUGACAAAUGGCAAGUUUUAGCAAGGUCACUUGUAUUAUAUUUGUUUUUUCAUUGUUUACCUGGAUGGUUUAGGAUCCUCUCAUGUUACAUGAUAAUUUCAAGUAAAACGUUGUUUCUAUC